UCCUCGUAAACAUGCACAAAACCGAAUUUAAACCAACAGUGGCCCUUACAAGCGCCACAGUCGAUAAAAUGUCUCGUCAUGAUAUGCUGGAGUGGGUUAACAGUACAGUCCAUGGCCAACACAAAAAAAUCGAAGAGCUGUGCUCUGGUGUGGCCUACUGUCAGAUGAUGGAAUUAUUAUUUCCCAAUUGCAUUGGCUUGAAGCGAAUCAAAACAACAGCCAAAUUGGAACAUGAAUUUCUCUACAAUUUAAAACUAUUCCAAGCAGCAUUUAUAAAGCUAAAUUUCGAUAAAUCCGUUCCCAUAGAUCGUCUGAUUAAAGGGAAAUUCCAGGAUAAUUUCGAAUUCUUACAAUGGUUCAAAAAGUUUUUCGAUACUCAUUCGGCGGGUAAGGAAAAUUUGAGAGUUCCAGCUGCCAUGGCUGCUGCAGCACAGAAUGCCCCAAAACCUAUUAAGAAGCCGGGCAAUCAAACAUUAGGCACAGCAAAAACGCCAGCAGCAAAGCCAGACAUGCUGAAAACUCCCAAAGGAACACAACAACAUGGCGAACGUCAAGUGUCGCCGUCAACAAUACGCACCCUGCAGGAGACACAAGAACAACUGGCCGAACAAAUAUUGGGUGUUGAACACGAAAGGGAUACGUAUUAUAAAAAGUUGGCUGAAAUUGAAGUUAUCCUCAACGAGUCAGUGCAGAAUAAUAUCUACGUUGAGUGGUGUAAUCGUGCCUUGACCAUACUUUACGCAACAGAUGAUACUCCCCCGACAGCGGUCGAUGAUCUUGCGGAAGAAAUUAUGCCAGGUUUAUCAUUAGAAACUGAUAUAUGA